CGGAACCACCGCUCCGUGCAAGACACCAUGGCCUCGUGCGCUGACGCCAACCUGAAGGACUGGGACCCUGAGGUCUACCGCUUCCUGCUCGAGGAGAAGAAGCGGCAGGUCAAUGGCAUCGAGCUCAUCGCGUCCGAGAACUUCACCUCCAAGGCGGUGAUGGAGUGCCUCGGCUCGUGCAUGACCAACAAGUACUCUGAGGGCAUGCCUGGCGCGCGCUACUAUGGCGGCAACCAGAUCAUUGACCAGGUGGAGAACCUGUGCCGCUCGCGCGCGCUCGCCGCGUUCAACUGCGAUCCGGCCAAGUGGGGCGUCAACGUGCAGCCCUACUCCGGCUCGCCCGCCAACUUCGCCGUCUACACUGCGCUGCUCACGCCGCACGACCGCGUCAUGGGGCUCGACUUGCCGUCGGGCGGCCAUCUCACGCACGGCUACUACACCGCCAAGAAGAAGAUCUCGGCCACGUCCAUCUACUUCGAGUCCCUCCCCUACCACGUCGACAGCCAGACCGGCCUCAUCGAUUACGACCACCUCGAGAAGACGGCGAUGGUCUUCCGGCCCAAGAUGAUCAUCGCGGGCGCCUCCGCCUACCCGCGCGAUUGGGACUACGCACGCAUGCGCGACAUUUGCGACAAGACGGGCGCCUUCCUCCUUGUCGACAUGGCGCACAUCUCCGGCCUUGUGGCCACGGGCGAGCAGAAGUCGCCCUUUGACUAUGCGGACGUGGUCACCACCACGACGCACAAGUCGCUGCGCGGCCCGCGCGCGGGCAUGAUCUUCUUCCGCCGCGGCCCCAAGUCGGACGCGGAGAAUGCGCCGCACUACGAGUACGAGGACGCCAUCAACUUUGCCGUCUUCCCGGCGCUGCAGGGCGGGCCGCACAACCACCAGAUCGCGGCGCUGGCGACGCAGCUCAAGGAGGUUGCGACGCCCGAGUUCAAGCUGUACGCGAAGCAGGUGCGCGCCAACGCAAAGGCGCUGGCCGACUACCUCGUCGCUCAGGGCUACAAGCUCGCGACCAACGGCACCGAGAACCACCUGAUGCUGCUCGACCUGCGGCCGCUCGGCCUGACGGGCAACAAGAUGGAGAAGGUGCUCGAGCACAUGCACAUCACGCUCAACAAGAACGCGGUGCACGGCGACGUGAGCGCGAUGGCGCCCGGCGGCAUCCGGAUCGGCACGCCUGCGAUGACGACGCGCGGCCUCAAGGAGGCGGACUUUGUCAAGGUUGGCGAGUUCCUGCACCGCGGCAUCCAGUUCGCGCUCGAGGUGCAGAAGGCGUCGGGCAAGAAGCUCGCCGACUUCCUCAAGGCCAUCGACGAGAAGGCCAACGCCGACAAGCUCGCCGGCAUGUGCUCCGAGGUUGAGGCCUUUGCCGGAGCCUUCCCCAUGCCGGGCCACUAGAGGCUGUCGAGCAGAUACGCAUAGUUGGAUUGGCCGCGCCAGCGGUGUGGGGCGUGGGCCGCGGGCUCGCACGCCACCAAGUACGAGGGGUUCUGACGGCAUCAGCAUGUUCAAUCGGUUGGUUUUUCCUUUUUGAGAGGUUCGUUGCUGUGGAGGGCUGUGGAGGGCGCAGCGCAGCGAGUGUGAGCUCUGGAAAGAGAGACGGUUGUACUACGGUGCGUCAGAGCCAGGAUGCGUGCGCGGCCAUUUUGUAAAGGUUAUUUAUGAAAU